UAUGGCAGAGCAUAAGACGUGAAACUUCAUGUCGAACAUCUAAUCACGCCACGUGCAUAUCUAUCCUACUUUCACAUGCUUUCGACGAAACUGGUCGCUGGUUUUGGUCAUUUUUAUUGGGCGACAGCACAUGCCUCGCAGAAAGUGAGCACAAUUAAAGUUACGCAGCCACACUCGCAGAAAAUUUUGCUGCAUUCCACGUACGCCAGCCUAGAAUAUGGAAGUCACAGAAUCAACUGGGUGCAGACAAGCUUAGCAGUAAUUUACGGAUUACUGGCAGUCAUCGGUGUCCUUUCAAAUGUCCUUGUGGCUUAUAUUCUGUUGUUUAUUCGUCGAAGAACUUUGUCAAACAUCACCAACAUAUUUGUGCUGGUACUAGCAUUAUCGGACAUACUGCUCUGUGGUUUCAACAUGCCUGUGCAAAUGUAUUACGAACUGAAAGAAUCUGCUCCGUUGAACUCGGCUGCGUGUAAAAUAAUGUUUUCCAUUUUUGGGAUUCCCAUGCACAUUUCAUGCUUGAUAAUUUUGUUGAUUGCAUGUGACCGAUAUCAGAUUAUCAUAUAUCCCCUGUACCCGAGGAUGUCUCCACGAAUGGCGCUGAUCCUCGUGGCUGUUGUUGUCGCAAUCAGUGUUGGAAAUAGUUUGCCAGUGGCUGUUUACAGUACAGUAAUUACCGUAGUCCAUCAUCCAAACAUAUCAGAACGCGUGAGUCACGAUCAUGCUUCGCCAUCUACUCAGCGUGGUAAACUACUCUCUACCGAAUCUCACAUUUAUUGUGUUGAACAGUGGACAAAUACGACCGCCAGGUUAAUUUAUUCAUUCGCAACAUUUCUGUUACACUUUUUUGUCCCGCUUGCUCUGACUGCUUGUCUGUAUGGCCAUAUAUUUUGUCGACUCCACGAACGCCGGUUUCAUCGAGGAGCAUUGGAAAGAAAGCGACGAACAAAUAAGAUACUCAUCCGAAUAGUUGUAUGUUUUGUCAUCUGUUGGACUCCAUGGGCCUGCUUCUCACUGUGGCUGGAGCUACAUGCAUAUUUCGUACAAACCUCGUCGGUAGCUCGAAACAUGAAUAGCCUGACCAGUUCGGCUGGUAUGGAGACUUCUUUAGUUGACAUACUCUCGUUGUCAAUUAUUUCUAAACGAAUGGCAAGGGAAACUCUCUGGUACACGGCGACAAGUGAUAGCUCAUCAACUUUAUCUUCACCAGAAAUGCUAAACGUUUACAACGCUGAGAGCGAAGUUCAGAGGGGACAUGCACCGACAGCUCCAAGUGCACGAGAGUGGUCCAAGAAGCUAUCAGACGACUUCCCAAUAUUUGGACUAUCUACUCUGGAAAACCAUACAAGAGUGAUUGACUUAUGUUUGAAGCUUUUUGCAAUGGGCUCCGGAUGCAUUAAUCCUUGGCUGUAUGGUUGGUUUAACAAGUUUUUCCUCUCCAUCUUGAAAAUGUUCUGGAAGAGGGCUAUACACAAAACCGACUGGAUAAUGAAAAUAAAGGAGGUUAUUGGUCGGGCUAGGUAUGUCCGCUGGAGACUUGUGCCGCAACAGAGUGUGCCCAUUUAUGAAAAACGUUCGACAGAUUUCGAUUCGAAUAUUCACAGUGGGAAUGGAAAUCAGAGAAUCCAUUACGAAUCCUACACGUCCAAAUUACGCAGCCGCACAUGCUAUUGUUGUGGGGCGUACUGUACCUGUAGUUUUUUCUAUAGACCGCGUUUGUUACUACCAAAUGAUGUUCAAAACAAGAUAGAAGAGUCGUUUGCCGGACGCGCAAAGAAUUUUGAUCAUUCUAACAAGGAUAGUUCAAACAAAGAUUCAGCCAAGAAAACCGACAGUUGUGAGAGAUGUGCAGCUACUGGUGGACUUACUGGUAGCGGAUCGAAGACAUCUCAGUCUGGUAGCGCAAAACACAAGGGAUCACGUCACUCCGGUGAUAUUUUAAUAACCCCUGUCAAUGGCCAGUUAGUUGAAGGCGACGCAAAGUUCGAUGUUUCACAAUCAACAAAUAACAACGGAAGCAAACGUGAAAUCGAAUUCGGUGGCUACAAGCGCUUCGGUAGAAGAUUUUCGCCUCGCUUCAGUGGGUCAUCCACAGGCACAUUUAGCUAUUUAGAUCCUUCGACAAAACAAACGAGCCUGAAUCCGUCUUCAGCAUUUACCCCCACCCCACGUGGAUCUUUUCAGAGAUCAACAGAACAGAAUUCGUUUUCAAAACUAGAUAUUCCAACAAUGCCAAAAUUCAACUCACCAACCACGGGCAAUUUCGGAUAUCCGCACGAACUUGAUCUAUCGUCAGCACUGAAAUAUUCUUGGAAUAAAGACAACCGAAUUAACAUCAAUUCAAGAAACUCGAUUCAUCAGCCACACUCCAUUUUCUAUGAAAAUCAAGAAGAUCCGAGUGAUUCAGGUGAUAAUCAUGUCAUUACAAUAUUUUGCCCGCAACUUCAACCAGAACCACGGCCGAUGGAACUGCUCACAGUCCAUGAGCAGUCCGAUUCUCCCUCAAACCAAUCUACAAUCCAAACUGAAGAACCCACACGAGAGGUCAUUCAGAUAAGUGUCCACACCGCAGAAAAUAACACCGAAACGGGUUUAUGUUUCCAUAAUCGCCAGAUGUUCCCGCUCGCGAACAGCGAACUAACAGCCGACAAAAUUCCGAGCAUUGCUUCUGAUGCUGCUACAUCCGGUCAGUUUGCUAAGGAAAUUCCAUUUGUAGAUGAUGAAUCAGAUGACACGCCUAAUGAAUUACCAAACAUCACACCCGAUCAACCAUGUGAUUCGGGAAAACCUCCCCUGAUAACGGAAAUUGCGAAAGAAGUGGACGUCAGUAACCAAGUUUCACCAACACACAGACCAUCGGCUGAAAAUCUCCAGGAGCUUCAAAAGCAGACCGCCUGUUUAAUCAAAACAACAGAGGCAGAGUCAAGUCCAAAUAAAGCGAAUACCAUCAUGAAGAAUAAACGUAGAUUUAGUAUUUAUCCCGGAUUUACGUUUCAGUAUCAACAUAGAACAGGUUCCGGGAAAACUCUGUCCGAGAUACCGCGGCGAAUGACCUUAAAGGAAUCUCGGCGUAGAGGGAGUGUUCGCCAUUUACGAGAAGAAGUGCAAAAGUUUGCUGAAAGACAGUAUGCUGCCGCGCAGGUCAAAAAGAAAUUACUCCCAUUUCCCGAAUCAAAUUCGAAUGAAUCAUCAGAUGUGGACGAUUUUGCUCAAAUAAGUCGCCUCGUAGCUCGCGAAGCGCUUCUUGAACGGCAAGCAAGAGUUCGAGCACAUAGUCUUGGGGCUACACUUGACGGUGACGUUGCUAAGAGUCGCAUUCGUCAUAGCAUUGGAAGACACUAA